UUGAGUAUGUGGGGACCAGGUUCCUGAUGUUUGACUAUGAUCCAAGAUCUCUGCCAAGUUUACACUUUCACUACCUGACAAACAGAGCUUCUUGCCCCAACACAAGUGACCUUUCAGACGUCAGGAAUAAUGAACACUCAAAUAUGUCAAAGAUUCACAGCCUGUCUGUGCCCAUGGCACGUCUGCGACUUUUCUGCGGGGGAAAGGCUGAUCAAACACACAGAUGGUGCAACGCUGAGAGGGAGAGAGUGAAAAGAAAGGACAAAAAAGAAAAAAAAAAGCUGUAUAUCUUGGUAUGGACGUAUGGAUACCCAAAGAACUUUCAAAUUUCACGUGAAGGUGACUGGCUACCCCCUGAACUCUGCCCGAUAACAAGAAGAGGAGAAGGAGUUUUCCUCCUGUCCCAGUUACUGACGGUCACUGAAAUUAUGAAUCCUGCCCGAUAUAGUGCUUUUACAAAUCGAGAUCAUAUGAAAGAUUUCCGAAGGUACCUGGCAUUCAAAUAUAUCCAGUAUCUAGUCCUACCUUCUACAAACAUCAUCAUCACUCUGCUGGGACUGUUUGCCAGUCUGUAUGUCACACUGAUACUGAUGUCACCUUCUGUAUCCAGAAAAUCCACUGCAGUGUUUAUUUGCAACAUAGCUCAGGCAGACAUGUUAGUUGUCGGCAGCAUCUUUUCUGCCAUAAUUCAACAUGUAAUAAAGAGCAACAUAUUAUUGUCUGCCUUUCAGUCAGCCUUGAGGCAAAAUUUCCAGAUUGCAAAUAUACAUAUCAGUUCACUUUUACUCAGCUGUGUCAGCCUCGAGGCCUUUCUGAUCACUUUCCUUCCAGCAGAAACACGCCACAUAAGAACAGUUACAAGUGCCAGGGUGGUUUCUAAAAUCAUUUGGAUUACUGUAAUUACUGAGUGUUUUUUUUAUCAGAUAGAGUGCAUCAAAGAACUGGGCAUCUCUUCUCUUGGCAUGCACAAGAAAAUUGUGUUGUUGCUAAAUGUCUGUUUUGGAGCCACAAAGCUACUGAAAUCACUCAUUUACCCAAUUGGGCUACUUUUAAGGAUCUUCAAUGUGUAUCUUUUUUAUAAAAUAUAUUUCAGAGCUUUACCUUGAAACAGUCUGUGGUAGUUGAUUGUAUAUGUCAACUUGACUACACUAUGGUGCCCAGUUCUUUAGUCAGACACUAAUUUAGAUGUUGCUAUGAAGAUAUUUUGUAGAUGUGAUAUGCAUAUAUGAUUAGUUGCCUUUAAGUGAAAGAAAUCACCCUUAAUAAUGUUGGUGGGCCUCAUCUAAUCAGUUGAAGAUCCUAUGAAAAACAACUGAGGUUUCACAGUUAAGAAGAAAUUCUGCCUCAAGACUGGUAACAUAGAAAUCCUGUUUGAAUGUCCACCCUGGUCAUCUGCCCUACAGAUUUUAGAAUCAAGACUCCAUCACCAAUUCUUGUCUGAAACUUCUGUCUGCUUUACAGAUUUUGGGCUUUCUA